CUGAUCUUUCUUUUUUUGCUCACCCUCUUUUCUGCCACAUUCUCCCGGUUCUCGAGAGUCUCCUUUGAGAGCCUUGGGAUGGCAAAAGAAGUCGCCUAAAUAGAAUCAUAUUGUGUCUGGCUUGUAUUGGAACUUGGAUUCCAUGUACUUGGCUUGUACAUUAUGUGGCAAUGUUUUGCGCCAAAGUAAAUAGGAGGGACAAAUACUGAAGCAAAUAGCGAGUUGAGUGAGAUAGCACCAUUAUGAUCGUCGUAUAUAGGAGGUUUGGAUGAAGAAGUGUCCGAUAAUAAAAAAAACCGAGCGGGCAAUGUGUUUGGGUGCUUUAAAGAAAAUAAUAAUAAAAAAAAAUGUAUAUAUAGAGAACGACUGUGCACUAAUACUUGAAGAUGGGAAAAAUUUUUUGAGCCGUUUUAUUUAUAUUUGGCACUCAUGAGAAUUCCCCUAUAUUAAGUUCACUAACACGCAGGAGGACUUAUAAAAAGCCGAGGUAGAGUUUGUUGGACUGGCCUGGCUACAAUCAGUCAGUGUGCGUAAUCCGUGGCAACUGGUUGAUUCUCUUCUCCAGCAUCAUCCCGAAAAACAUACAGAACAUACUCUCUGUAUCCCAAAACAGACCUGUUUGACAAAUCGCUGAAACAUCUGAUCUUCAGCUCGAUCACCGAUCGUUGAUCAGUUUUUUUUGUUGUCCAAGGGGGAAGGCCUGGUUUUUUUUUUAAAUUCUAAAAUCCAGGAAUCUUCGGUUUUCUUUGCACUGAAGGAAGAAAGAACUUUAAAUUUUUUUUUGCGUAUUUUGUGAUAAAAAGCACUUGAAAAACCGAUAAUCUUCUGAAGAAGGCAAGGCAGGGGAGUGAUCGAGGGGCAAGACAAGAAAGUAUAUAGAAGAAAUUUAAACAUUGUUUGGCCUCUGUGAUUAAAAGGAGCGAAGAGAGAGAAAAAAAAUUAAAGAGAAAUUUGCAAAGUGUAUCUGUUUUAAAAGCAUACACAGACGAAAAAAAAAUUUUAAGUAAAUAUCUGAAGCUGGGUAAUGCUAGAAAAUCCAGCAAAUUGAAUAGGGAAAUUCUACGAAAUCACCGGUACAACAUUGUGUGCCUAGACCCUGAGAUCUUGUAGCAAUUGGCAAAGAGGGGCGAAGAGCAUACUCGAUGGAUGUUUAAAGAUCCCUCAGAGAGGAGACAUAGUUAUAUGCGAAGAUCACGAAGAUCAUCUCUGUAUUGGGCAGAGUCUCUUUGUUCCUUUUCGGAAAUAUCCACAAAGUAUAUAAGAAAGGAGUGGAAGAGAGAAGACGAUCAUAACCCUCCUAAAAACCAUUCUGACCAGGCAACAUCAGCCUCAAGAAAUGACACAGUGAAUCAGUUCAAGAUAAACUGUCCAGGGAGAAGGAUCGCGCGAUCUUGAUCAUAGUUAGUUUCAACACAAAAAAAAAGAAAAGAAGAUCUAUCUUCAAGAAAAGUUAUGAACUGUGAGACGAAAAUCUAUAUUUGAGUUGAUUAAGGCACCUUAUCAUUCGCUUUUUUUUUUGGAUACGACGCGUCGCAAUCAGAAACUUUUUUUUCUUGCCUUAUAAAUUGCACGAAAGCUCAAACACAAGCUUAAAGUUAGUAACACGAAUACAGAUUGCGAAGAUAUCGCUCUUAAAAAAAAAAAAACAAGAACAAUUUUUUUUAAUUGUGAAAUUACCGUGUUUGGUUAACCCAGUCAUGAUGGAUGAUCUGUAUUGCCUGGAAUCUGAUGUUGAGAAUGACGAUGUCCUAGAGCAAUCCUACACAAGUCGAGGCUACGACAAGAGACUGUAUCAUAUGCGAACAGCUAAGAAGGAUCCAACCUUCCUUACUGAUCGUUGCUUUGAGAACCUCCUUAAGUCCGAAUCUGCCCCACAGAUCACUGGCUAUGCUGCCAAGGAGAUCACACAGGACAUGAGGAGGAUUGUGGCUACCUGGAUGCUAGAGCUGUGCGAACAGAGAAAGUGCCAGGAGGAGGUUUUCAUACUCGCCCUCAACUACAUGGAUCGGCAUUUGAGGAGGAAAAUUGUUCCCAAGACUAGUCUUCAACUUCUUGCAUCUGCCUGCCUACUUUUGGCCUCAAAACUCCGAGAGCCAAGCUGCAAGAGCCUCUCAGCGGAUGUUCUUGUCUACUUCACCGACUCCAGUAUCACAAAAUAUGAACUAAUUAAUUGGGAAUUGCUUGUGCUGAAUACGCUAAAAUGGGACAUCUCGGUGGUGACUCCUUUGGAUUUCCUCGAGCACAUUCUCACACGUCUCAACAUCAAGAAUUCCAUGAAUAUCCGUGUGGACAAAGUGCGAGAACACGCUCAGACAUUCAUCUCGAUGGCUGCACAAGAAAAUUUCUGUGAAUUCCUCCCCAGCACGAUAGCAGCUGCCAGUGUAGUUGUUUCUGUGAAUGGUCUGAAGCGCGACAUGGUGCACGAGUGCUAUUUAAUUCGCGAAUUAGUCGAUCGUAUUCUAAAGGGCAACAUUACUGAGGAAGUACUUAACAAGUGUAUGGCACGAAUGGAAAGAGUAUAUCAGGAGCAGAAGAAGUUACUAUCUCCCGAAUACUACUAUCACACCCCGCCAAGUAGUCCAUGUAUUAAGCAUCAGGGUGUUCCGGGAACGCCACAGAAGUGCAAGUCUGAGUGCAAUGGUACUCCUGUGGACAUUCAGGAUAUUAAUUUUUAGGAUUUAUAUUUCUCAAAAGAAAGUGGUCAGAGUUGAGAGAUGGAAAUGGCUCCCGGACACAACACUAAAAAAAAAACAAAUUUAAAAAAUAUGAUUGCAAACAUUAACAGGAGAGAGAGAGACAAAGUGAAUUGUUGGGUGCUAAAAGAAAAGAUUUCCGCUAAAAAAAAACAAAAAACAAAAGAAGGUACCUUAAUUUAAAUCUUUUUGCCGUUAAAUACAGAUGAUCCCUGCCCUAAGGUCAAUCCCCUUUUGAGAACUUCCCGGCUGGUGAAUUCCUUUAACUAUUUUUUUUUUGGGGUGAAUUUGCUCAGCAAAUGAACAAGUUUAAUGAAAAAAAAUAAAUUCUCUAGUGCUUGCAAUUUAAUAUAUUUGAGAAGAGAAAAAAAAGGAGAUUGUGCGAUUUUUUUUGUGGGCUUCCCAUGUUAAAUAUAUCAAAAAAAUAGAAACAGAAAUAUCUGUUAUGUAUAUGUCUUAUAUUAAUGUCUUAUGUUUUUUCUUUCGGGACCAAAACACCAAACCUAUUUAUGUAGUAUAUUGUUAACCAGCUUUAUAACACUAUAAGUUUACUAUUGUAACUUUAAAAAAAAACGAAGAUUGAGGGAGAUCGAGGAAGAAGUGCGUGCGCGAGAUAAAAUCUGACUCUUUUGAAGGAAGGAAGCUCCCCCAAAGUAAAGGAGGGAGAACAAGAAAACUAAUAUUUAGCUAAAAAACUUAAGCUGACUCGCGAGAAAAGAUGAAGAUUGAAGAGAAUGAAGAAUGAAAAAAAAAGCUGUAUAGAAAUUUCCGUCUCUAGCACUUCUGAUUUAUUGAUUGUAGUUCUUUUUUUUUUGUUAAACAACGCAAUCUUUUUCCAUGGAGGUUCUUAAAUGAGCGCCAUGAGAACAAUGUUACAGAAGAAGGAGAAAAAUACCAUCCCAAGACAGAAAAAACAAUCAACAAUAUUUCAUUACGCUUAUUUAUAUUUAAAAAAAAAUAAAGAAAAAACUGAAAAAAACAAAAAACAAAAAUAGAAAAAAUCCAACACUGAAAUACAAAAUAAGUUUAGCAUUUUUUUUUUUUAAAUUCAGAGUCGGGAAAGGCAUUUUCGCAUUUUUCUCUCCUUUCUCUAAAAAAAUACACUCUUGAAAAAAAAGAUACGCCCCUAUACCCCUUAUUUUUCAAUUUUCCCAAAAAAAUCAAAAAAAAAACUUCGGUGCUCGUCCCAAGAGAAAGGAGAUGCAAAAACAAAAAUGCACAAGAAAGAGCUUUUGCGGUGGGAGAUGUUUGCAAAUUUUUCAAGAAUUUGUCGAACAUGCAAAAAGAAGCAAGAAAAAAAAUAGUCAUAGUGUUUAGAAAUCCUAUAUCAUGUAAUAUAUAAUGCAAAUACGAUAGAUAAAAAACAAGAGAAAACUCUUAAAAAUGUAGUCCAGUAGGAAUCGUUUAAGUUUAACAUUAUGCUUAUACUGUUAUUUCUACACAAAUAUAAUUGAAAAAAAAAUCACUUUUUUGUAAAUAUUUUUUUUAUUAUUUUGUGAAUUUUUUUUGUUUUAUACAAGAUGAUUCGAAAGAAUAAGAGUGUUCCUCAUUGGACAAUAAAAUCCAAGUAAUAUAAAAUUGAUGGGAGAUGAUGGACGAAAUCUGCAAAUAAGACUUUUAAUAUGCCUGAAAUGAUGAUAUUUUUGACUUGACACAAUUUGAUCGAAAAAGUCAAAAAAGAAAGUCAGUUUUCGAAAGAACCUCUUUCGAAAUAUCUGCGAAAUUUUGAAAAGCAAAACUGUCCCCUACGAAAACAGUUUUCGAAAAUUUGAAAAGAACAAUCGUUUACUACAAAAACAUUUUCGAAAAUGGAACUAUGGUUAUCCUCAGUAUUCUGAGAGAAGUUUUCGGAAUGUCUGCGAAAUUUUGAUAACAAAAUCUCUUUCAUAAGAAUCUUUAAUGGAUCUUUGGUUGCCCUCAGUAAGUUUGAAAAACAGUUUGCGGAGUGUUUGCGAAAAUUUGAAAAGAACACUCGUUUACUACAAAAACAUUUUCGAAAAUUGAUCUAUGGUUAUCUUCAGUAUUCUGAGAGAAGCUUUCGGAAUGACUUCAAAAUUUUGAUAACAAAAUGUCUUUCAUAAGAAUCUUUGAUGGCCCUCAUUAAAUUCAAAAAACAAUUUACGAAAUGUUUGCUAAAAUUUGAAAAGAACACUCGGUUACUACAAAAUCGUUUUCGAAAAUUGAAGUAUUAAUCCUCAGUAUUCUGAGAGAAGCUUUCGGAAUGUCUGCGAAUUUUUGAUUACAAAAUUUCUUUCAUAAGAAUCUUUAAUGGAUCUUUGGUUGCCCUCAGUAAGUUUGAAAAACAGUUUGCGGAGUGUUUGCGAAAAUUUGAAAAAAAAAACACUCGUUUACUACUAAAACGUUUUCGAAAAUUGAACUAUUUAUCCUCAGUAUUCCGAGGAUAAAUUUUGUAGGAAAAACAGUUUCUUACAAAAACGGUUGUCUUAAGUGAAUUUGAAAGGGAGUUUUCGGAAAAGAAACUUUCGGAAUGUCUGAGAAAUUUAAAAAGAAAAAAACUGCUUUAGAAAAAGAAAAAUUCUAAAGCAGGAAUCACAAAUUUAGUUUCAGAUUUCGAUUUAAAAUGGUUUCGAAACAUCUUUUAGAUCAAGAAAAUUUUAUGUAAUCGAAAUUCUGUCCCACUCUUUCGAACUUUCUCAUUUCGAAAACUUGAGAGAAGCCCAUUAAAGAUUUUUUUUCCAGGACUUGAACUCUAGUAUUGGGACUGAACAUUCGAAAAUUGAAAAGUUACGAUUUCACUAAGUUCGAAAAUAAAUAUUCCUAGGGAAAAUCGUAUAUAUAGCAUUUCAACUGUAUAUUGCGCUUGAAUAUUCGAAAGAUCAAGGAAAUAUGAUAUCACGGAGAUCGAAAAUGAGUGAUUUAAAAACGGAAUUUCGAAAAGUUUAAAUGAGGAAGAACAUUCUCUAAUGACAAGGAAUACACAAAAAGAUUUUUAGAAGAAAAGGUCGGUAAUGAACAUUUCGGUGAUUUCGAUAGUCUUGCUUGAAUAAUCGAAAAGUCAGAUUACGAAAGUCAGAUUACUGAUUUCGAAAUUCAGAGACGGAGAAGUACGUUAAAUUCUCGGAAGGAAAAGAUGGUAAAUAUCAUUUUUGUGAUCAGAUACUUGGACUAUUGGAUUUCGUUUGGAUAUUCGGAAGGUCAUAAAGUGGGUUCCGGUCAAUAUCUCGAAAGCCAAAAAGCUCGAAUAAUUUCCUCCCUUUCAUGAUCUUGAACACUCCGAAUUUUGGCUUUCGGGCUUUUGGCUGCCUCCGCAUGAAGAAUAUCACCGCUAAGUUCGAAAAGCAAUAUUCCAAGUUCCUAAACAACAGUUUUAAUAAAUGAAAACUAGAAUUGUACAACAAUCUUCAGAUGUUUAAGCAAUGUCUUUUUUCGAACUCGAAAUUAGCUUUUCGAAAUAGAAUCUUUCGCAAAUACCGAAAUUAAUCUUGAAGUUUGUGAUUCUCGAACUGCAGCAAGGCGCAAUUUCGAAAGAUGGAUCUUCAAAAAUGAAAAAUGAAUUUUCGAAGUUAACUGUCAACACUGUCAAGUGAAGUUUUUACAAAUUAUCUUGCAUUUCAGGCACAAUAAUUUAUACAAGAAAACAAUGAAAGAAAACCAAUGCGAAUUUUUAUAUAUUUUUUUCGGUAUUUAAAAAGAAAUGCAAAAGAAAAAUUUUAUUAAAACUAUUUUAUAUAAUUAAUAUAUCAUAAAAGAAAAACAAAGAACUAUCAACUGAAUUUAUGUAAAAAGAAGAAAAAACAUUCAAAAGAGGAAAAAGAAAAGCUUUUAGUUGAGUAUGAUGCAUUAUAUAUUUUUCUAUUGAUAUAUUCUACAAAUAUUCUUUAAAUAUUUUUUAUUAAUUCUAUUACUUUUUUGCGAAUGGAUUUUUUUCUCAUUCUAUUUUUUUUCUGAGUGUACACCAACAACCAUUUAAAACCCUAAACUGCCAUAUUAGAGCGCGCUAAUUUAGAGCGUUUACUGCAAUGUUUUAAUUUUUAAUAAAAUGAAAAAAAUAAGAUUGAGAGUCGAUGUUGGAGAAGAGGUGGAAAAAAACUAGCAAACAACUCUUUUAAUAAUAAAUUAUUUAAAAAAAAAAGAAAAAUGACACAUAGUACUGAAACAAAAUAUUAAUUUAUGGAAAGAGAAGGUGAGGAAUCGAUGAGGAAGAAAAUAAAAUACAAUGUUAAGUAUUUUUUUUGUUGAUAAAUUGCAAGAAUUCCCUGUAUAUUGAGGGAUAUCUAUAGGAGAUGCAGAGGUGAUGUAUAUAGUGAAAACAAAAAAUAAUAAUAAAAAGGGUAAUUCCUGAAAA